AUGCCGCAGAAGGUCCCCGACAGUCUUGAUGGUUGGUGGUGCAAGUCAGCAGACGAAUAUGCCUUCCUUGGCUUCAGCUACGAAGUCACCGCAUGUCAGAGCUUGGAACAGCUUAGGACAGAGUUCAGAGAUAUCCGCAAUACUUUCAACUCUCGUUACGUUCGCUUAUAUGGAGCUUGUGACAAGCAUGGCUUUUACGAUGACAUUGUCACAGCUGCAUGGGAGAACACUCUCGGAGUUCACGCCUUGAUCUGGUUUGGUUUUGACGGGACCGACGAAUGGAUCGGACGGCGCGACACCCUCUUCAAGACAUUACACACAAACCCUAAGGCCAAAUACGUUACCCGUGUCUUGCAAUUUGGCUCAGAACCUCUCUACGACAACGUCCUGAGCCCCAACGACCUCACGACCCAGGUCUUGGCGGCGAAGGCCAACCUUUCUGGCCUCAGGAUACCAGUCACCGUGUCGGAACUGGCUUAUGGAUACCAGGAGAGAGGCGGCGCUCAGAACGUCCUGGAUGCCAUAGACUCGAUCAAUAUACAUAUGCUUCCACUCUUCAAUAUAGCUGCCACAACUGCAAACAAGUCAUGGCCCAUAGUCCACAGUGACCUGGAAUGGUUCAUCGAGCAUGGCCAUGGCAAGAAGAUGUAUUUCGACGAGAAUGGAUGGCUUUCCAGUGUUAACUUUCCGGCUCAGGAGCCCAGUAGUCCAAACGCUGUCGCCGACAUACCCAAUGAACAGGCGUAUUACGAAGUCUUGGAGAAACACUGUGGAUAUCUGAAGACCUUAGCAGGAGGUGGAGUAGGGUGGUUUGCCCAUAUCUACAGCGAUGACCAAGAGCGUGGUUAUGGGAUUUACGACUCGUCUGGGCAUCUGAAGUUCCCGUUCCGUCCCAAGACACAUUGUUGA